AUGCGCCCCAGCCUGGGGUCGCCGCCGCUGCUACUGCUGGUGCUGAUGCUCGCCUGCGUCGCGCACACGAUUGGAGCCCUGCCCCAACUGUGUGACGUGCUUCGGCUGCUGCAGGAGGAACAGGACCAGUGCCUGCAGGAGCUCUCCAAGGACAGGCGAGAAGACGUCAGCCCAGAGCUUCCAGGACCAGGCUGUGAGGGGCUGUGGGACAACAUGAGCUGCUGGCCCUCCUCUGCAUCAGGACACACCGUGGAAGUGGAGUGCCCCAGGUUCCUCCAGAUGCUCACGAGCAGAAACGGUUCCCUGUUCCGAAACUGCACACCAGACGGCUGGUCAGAAACCUUCCCCAGGCCUGACCUGGCCUGUGGGGUUAAUGUGAACGACUCUUCCAAUGAGAGGCGGCAUGCCUACCUGCUGAAGCUGAAGGUCAUGUACACCGUGGGCUACAGCUCCUCCCUGGUGAUGCUCCUUGUAGCUCUCAGCAUCCUCUGUGCUUUCCGGAGGCUCCACUGCACCCGCAACUACAUCCACAUGCACCUCUUCGUGUCCUUCAUCCUGCGUGCCCUGUCCAACUUCAUCAAAGACGCUGUGCUCUUCUCCUCAGAUGACGUCACCUAUUGUGAUACCCACAGGGUGGGCUGUAAGCUGGUUAUGAUCUUCUUCCAGUACUGCAUCAUGGCCAACUACGCCUGGUUGCUGGUGGAAGGCCUCUACCUCCACACACUCCUCGUCAUCUCCUUCUUCUCGGAAAGGAAGUGCCUGCAGGGUUUCAUAGCCCUUGGAUGGGGUUCUCCAGCUGUUUUCGUUGCUUCGUGGGCUAUCACCAGGCACUUUCUGGAAGACAUCGGGUGUUGGGACAUCAAUGCCAAUGCCUCCAUCUGGUGGGUCAUUCGAGGGCCUGUGAUUCUGUCCAUCCUGAUCAAUUUCAUCUUAUUUAUAAACAUUUUAAGAAUCCUGAUGAGAAAACUUAGGACUCAAGAAACAGGAGGAAAUGAAGUGAACCAAUAUAAGCGCCUGGCCAAGUCCACCCUCCUGCUGAUUCCCCUCUUCGGUGUCCACUACAUCGUCUUCGCCUUCUCCCCCGAGGAUGCUAUGGAGGUCCAGCUGUUUUUUGAAUUGGCCCUUGGCUCAUUCCAGGGGCUGGUGGUGGCCAUCCUCUACUGCUUCCUCAACGGAGAGGUACAGCUAGAAGUUCAGAAGAAGUGGCGGCAGUGGAAUCUCCAAGGCUUCCCGUUGCGCCCUGUGGCCCUCAGUUUGUCCUUCAGCAAUGGCACCAGUGGCCCCACUCAUGGCACCAAGGGCAGCCCUUCAGAGCAGAGCCGGGGCAUCUGCAGGGCCAGCAUCAUCUGA